CGCAACUUGAUUCAGGAAGUACGUGUUUAAGAUUUCAGCUCGUCUUCGUGUUUGAAAGAAAUAGUUCACAAAUCCACAAACCUCCUGUGUGUUUGGAUACCAAGGACAAUAAUUAACUGGAAAAUGUCCGGUAGUACCGAGACAGCAAACAUAUCGUCGCUUGGGAAGGGCGACACUUUGCAUCAACAGGUCCUCGCCUCCUUUCCACUGUGUCACAUGACUGAAGAAGAUCUGAUCCAGAACCCGCAGUUUUGUAAACUCCUGGCCACUCUGGCACAGCAUGUGGAUCAAACCGGACUCACCGCUCCGCUGAAAACAGAGCUGGACAAGGCUGAAAAGAAGCUGCAGAUUCAGAAACUUCAAUGGCUGCGCUCCGAGAGCCUGCACAGAGGGCUGCAGGAGAUGAUCCAGAACCACUGUGUCAGGAAGCACCAUGCCACUGUACCCCCUGACCAGAACAUGUUCUAUGAGACGAUGGAGAGGUGUCUACUGGUGGCUCAGUGUGUCAGGCAGCUGGAUCCCAGUAACACAACAAACCAGGACCAGCCGUCGGUCCUAGGCCUGACCCCCCAGCUCGUGAUGGAGCUCAUGCCUUCCGAGAAGAAUGUACAAAGACUGAAACAGGGUCUACCAAGACAGCUGGAGAAACAUCUCAAAGAAAAGUGUCUGAGCCUUCUCUCUUACUAUCAGCCUGAAUGGGAGCGUGAGAGCGAGGGUCUAAAGAUGACCAAGCUGUCUCAUCUGUCAGCACAGCUGGACAAAGAGAAGAAAAGAGCAGAAAGUCUGAAGGAGACGUGCAGAGAAAACACGGUUCUUCUGCAGAGACAGACUGAGCUCUACCUCAGUGAGCUGACAAAGUGCAUUCAGCUUCUCCAGUCUUUCAUCUUGAACCACAGGCUGAAGAUCCAGACAGAUCUGGACAGGAAGAAAUUGGAUUACUUUGAAGGCAAAUGUGAAUUAAUCUUGCAGAAGAUAAAGGCGGAGAUGGUGGAAAUCCAGCUGGAUACAUACACGCCUGACUCGAUAUCUGCUCACAGAAAAAUAAGGGAGAAGCUGGAGUCUGAGCUGAAGGCGUGUAAAGCGGAAAAGCAGUCUGUCGAGUUGAAGCUGGCCUCCUUCGAGAUCUUGGGCAAAGACUUUGAGGCGCUGGCCGAGGAGUACUGCAGAUUACGGCAGGAGAUAGAGAUGAAGAACUGGGCAUUGAAAGAAUUCACCCAGUAUAAGUGAAGGCCGUAUCUGAUGCUGGCACACCAGCCUUGCCCUCAUCCCGCUCUGGAAUUCCACAGAAUGACAUGCUGGCUUUUAAUUGUUGGACACAAACUGUGGGCCUUUAGCCUGCUGUAACUUUGUAGCAUGUCCAUAUUAUUUCAGAUAACAGGACUCCUGAAAGUGCCACUGAAGUGGUUCAGGCUUUUUAGUUUAAACCUGCUUGAUUCACAGUUCAAAACAGAAACAGUCUGAUUCUUCUUCCCUCUGCCAGAGCUGCAACGUCCUUUGACAUCAUCUACGAGCUGAGUCCAUUGAUUCAGAAGGACGCCUGUAUCUGGAUUAAUUAUUGAUACUUUGCUGAGAUCAUCAUUAUGAGGGAAUGAAUAUGAAUUUGUGCCAAGAAGAUGCAAAAUUGCAUUUGUUUAAUCACCCUGCACCCUGCUAAAGAAUUUUUCCAAAAAUUCCAGAUCCGCAUUAAGUUGACUCCAAAACCUUUGCUGGAUAAAAUGUUUGCAUGUUUAUGAGUAAUGCAGAGAUUAAUAAAGCUAUUCAUUUGAAUAAGAAGCACUGUUACAAUAAACUUAUAAUAUCUUUCAUGUGGCUACAUUAACAUUUUGGAUUGCUUUCUAAUAUUGACAUUAUUGUUGUUGUUGUUGUUGUUAUUAUUAUUAGUGUAAAUUCAUACAUCUUUAUGGACACUGAAAAGUGUGCAUGUCAGUUGUAGAUGGAAGAGCACGAGUGAAGCAUCUAUUCAGUGCCUCGGUCCAACGUUGUCUGAAGAUAAAAGUCUUCCUUUAACAGUUUAUGUAACUAUGUAAUAUAAAUUUUCAAUUCAGUUAUUAAACUUACUA